AUGGAGGAGGCAGUGGGAGAGGGAGGUCUGGAGGCGCUGAACAACGGCAUCAAAAGCAGUAGAGGGCUUGGGGUAGAGGAGGCCCUUCUGAAUGUAGUGCAGAGGGAGCAUGGCCACCUCCGUGACUGCUUCGGAAAUGGGAACUGCUGCCCGCGGUGUUUGCUCGAGAAAUGGCAGCGUCAGUGGUCAUCCCGGAGAAAAUCCCAACUCCGACAUUCUGACUGCAGUCUCCACUCAGUCACGGCUACAGAGAAGAGCACAUGGAGACGGUCAUUUGCAAGAUCUGGUGACUGGUACCAUCAACAAGAUCAGCCUGAAGAUGACGACGACGAAGGCGAUAGUGACUGGGAGCCUCACUUGCAACCUGCUGGUAGUGAGAAGUGGUUCUGCAUCAGUACCAUGCCGAACUUUGACGAUGUUCUCCAUUGCGAUUUCUGCGGGGAAAUCCAGGAAUCAGAGAUACUUACCAAGGGGUCUUUUGCUUCUACUGUUACUCGAGAAGGUUUUCUGAUGACGCAGAGGCGAUCGCUGGACAUCUUUGUUGCUACAAAUGCUGAUGGAAAUUGUGGAACUCUGUUCAUCCAAAUUUUGGUUAUUUCAGAACCUGGCUUUCAUGUACCUGAUUGGUCACUAUGGGUCUAUGUAUUUGUGGGGCAUAUCUAUUCUUUUUAUGGUUUUAUAGAACCUUGUAUGGAAUGGCCACCAUCAAAGGAUUGCACCUUAGUUGGUUUUGAUGAGAGAAUGCUACUUCAUUCAGAGGUCGAUCAAAAGUCCCAUCCCCAUCCAGAAAGACCAGAUCGUCUUCGAGCCAUUGCUGCCAGCUUUGCAGUGGCAGGUAUCUUUCCAGGAAGGUGCUUUCCCAUCCCUCCCAGAGAGGCUAGCCUUGAAGAGCUUGGAUUGAUUCAUUCUAUGGAGCAUGUUAAUGCUGUUAAAGCAACUAGCUAUAUGCUAUCGAGUUACUUCACAUCUGAUACAUAUGCCAAUGGACAUUCAGCUCGAGCUGCAAGACUUGCAGCAGGAUUAUGUGCAGAUCUUGCCUCAGCUAUUAUGCAAGGACAUGCUAGAAAUGGUUUUGCACUUGUCAGACCUCCUGGUCAUCAUGCAGGUUUGAAACAACCAAUGGGCUUUUGCUUGCACAACAAUGCAGCAGUGGCUGCCUUGGCUGCUCAAGCUGCUGGUGCAGAUAGAGUGUUAAUUGUUGAUUGGGAUGUGCAUCAUGGUAAUGGUACCCAAGAAAUUUUUGAAGGAAACCGCACGGUGCUCUAUAUUUCUUUACAUAGACAUGAAGAUGGACGAUUUUAUCCAGGCACUGGAGCGGCAAAUGAGAUAGGAGGUCUUGGUGCAGAAGGUUACUCCGUCAAUAUUCCCUGGAAAUGUGGAGGAAUUGGAGAUAAUGACUAUCUAUUUGCAUUUGAGCAAGUUGUUCUUCCCAUAGCUUUGCAAUUCGCCCCUGAUUUUACCAUUAUAUCUGCUGGAUUUGAUGCUGCACAGGGUGAUCCUCUUGGUGGUUGUAGUGUGACUCCAACUGGGUUUGCUCAAAUGACACAUAUGUUAAUGGGUUUAUCUAAGGGGAAAUUGCUUGUUGUUCUUGAAGGAGGGUAUAAUCUACGGUCAAUAUCGUCUUCUUCUACUGCAGUAGUAAAGGUUCUCCUUGGUGAAAAGCCUGCAGUUAAGAUGGGCAAUAUCUUGCCCUCCAAGUCAGGGCUGCAAACUUUACUUGAGGUUCUGGACAUCCAGCUAAAGUUUUGGUCAAAUCUUGAGCCAUGCUAUGCCAAAGUUUGCUCGCUAUGGAAAUCAUCUCAUGCACGUGGCAGGAGAAAGCAUCAACAUUUUUUAUGUUCUGGGAUGCUUAAAAAGAAGUCACCUGGACUUCUUUGGUGGAACUGUGGUCGCCGAAGGCUUAUUUAUGCUCUACUAUUUGGUCGACAAGGUCGAAAAGCAAAGGUAGCUGGACGAAGAAAAGGGUCUGGACCUUUUUAACUCGUGAUACAACACUCCACUGCCUAUAUUCUGCUUUUUUGUGGGCAUCAUCUGAAGCACACAACCUUUCUCUUUGUGUAAAUCAUUUUUGUGUUCUUUCUGUAAAAUUAUGAGCAGAAGCCACUUCCAGAGACUCUUGGACUUUACCUUUUUGCAUGUGAGAGUUUUAUCUUAAUGGUGAGAUAUCCAUUUUCACUGGUUAUUUAUAUUCUUUUGA